AUGGCGUUGGACAACUACUAUCGCAACAAGAUUGAGGGGAUGAAGCUGGAGAUCAUCCAAGGCCAAGCAGUUCUCCGACGGCUAGAAGCACAGCGCAAUGACUACAACUCUCGGGUGCGUCUGCUGCGGGAGGAGCUUGGUCUGCUUCAGCAACCCGGCUCAUAUGUCGGCGAGGUGGUCAAGGUGAUGAGCACGAAGAAGGUGCUGGUCAAGGUACACCCGGAAGGAAAAUACGUGGUGGACAUCGCCGAUGGCGUUGACAUAGCGAAGCUCACCGUCGGCAAGCGAGUUGCCCUCCUGUCCGACUCUUACAAGCUGGAGAAGAUGUUGCCGUCCUCUGUCGACCCACUGGUGUCGCUGAUGAUGGUGGAGAAGGUUCCAGACAGUACAUAUGACAUGAUUGGUGGUCUGGACCAACAGAUCAAGGAAAUCAAGGAGGUGAUCGAGCUCGGUCUCAAGCAUCCCGAGCUGUUCGAGUCUCUGGGUAUCGCACAGCCGAAGGGUGUUCUACUCUACGGUCCCCCUGGUACCGGAAAGACGUUGCUGGCGCGAGCUGUCGCCCAUCACACCGACUGUCGAUUCAUCCGUGUGAGCGGUUCGGAACUGGUGCAGAAAUACAUUGGUGAGGGUAGCCGCAUGGUGCGAGAGCUGUUUGUCAUGGCCCGAGAGCACGCCCCGAGUAUCAUCUUCAUGGAUGAGAUCGACAGCAUUGGCUCGAGCCGUAUAGAUUCCGCCAGUGGUGGCGACUCAGAAGUGCAACGAACCAUGCUGGAGUUGCUGAACCAAUUGGACGGAUUCGAGCCGACGAAGAACAUCAAGAUCAUUAUGGCCACCAACCGACUGGAUAUUCUGGACCCGGCCCUGCUGCGACCAGGGCGUAUUGACCGCAAGAUCGAAUUCCCCCCGCCUUCGGUUGAGGCUCGUGCCGAUAUUCUACGGAUCCACUCUCGAUCGAUGAACCUGACCCGCGGUAUCAACCUGACCAAGAUUGCCGAGAAGAUGAACGGGUGUUCGGGAGCCGAGCUGAAAGGUGUCUGCACCGAGGCCGGUAUGUACGCGCUGCGAGAGCGACGAGUGCACGUCACACAGGAGGACUUUGACUUGGCGACGGCCAAGAUUCUCAAUAAGCACGACGACAAGGAGGUGGCCGUGUCGAAACUGUGGAAGUAG